AUGUCGAAAUCAAAGCAGUCGAAUCCAGCACGAAAGAUUCGCAAGGUUCUGAUCGCCAACCGUGGUGAGAUCGCUGUGCGGGUGCUGCGCGCGUUGCGCGAGCAGGGCAUCCGUGGGGCGGUGGUCUACUCUGACGCCGACCGCACCGGACUGCCGGUAUUGCUGGCCGAUGAGGCUUACCGAAUCGGCCCGGCACCUUCGAACGAGAGCUAUCUGCGGGCCGAGGCGAUCGCCGAUCUGGCGGUCGAGAUCGGUGCUGACGCGAUCCACCCGGGCUAUGGCUUCUUGUCCGAGAACGCUGACUUUGCCGAAAUCUGCGCUAAGCGCGGGGUGAUUUUCAUCGGUCCGACCCCCGAGGCGAUGCGGGUGAUGGGCUCGAAGAUCGCCAGCCGGCGGCGGAUGAUCGAGGCCGGGGUGCCGGUGGUGCCUGGCGGGCAGGACCCGCUGGCCAGCCUGGAAGAUGCCGAGUCUGCGGCCGCCGAGAUCGGCUAUCCGGUGAUGCUCAAGGCCUCCGCCGGUGGCGGCGGUAAGGGCAUGCGGCGGGUGAUGAAGGCCAGCGAGCUGGCCUCGGCCUACCGCGCGGCGCGCUCCGAGGCGAUGGCCUCGUUUGGCGACGAUCAGGUGUUCGUCGAGAAGUACGUCGUCAAUCCCCGCCAUAUCGAGAUCCAAGUGCUGGGCGACAACCACGGCAAGGUGGUCUCGCUGGGGGAGCGUGAAUGUUCUUUGCAACGCCGUCAUCAGAAAGUGGUCGAGGAAGCCCCGUCGCCGGUGGUCGAUCGCGAGCUGCGUCGGCGCAUGGGCGAGGCGGCGGUGCGAGCCGCCGAGGCGGUGGGCUACAGCAAUGCCGGCACGGUGGAGUUCUUGCUCGCCAAGGACGGCGAGUUCUAUUUCUUGGAAAUGAACACCCGCCUGCAGGUCGAACACCCGGUGACCGAAGAAGUCACCGGCGUCGAUCUGGUGCGAGCGCAGCUGUCGGUGGCUCGUGGCGAGGCGCUGGACCCGAAGCUCGAGGGUAUCGAGCCCCGCGGUCAUUCGAUCGAGGUGCGGCUCUACGCCGAGGACCCACAGCGCGGUUUCUCGCCCUCGCCCGGUCGCAUCGAGUUGCUGCGCCUUCCCGAGGGUCCCGGAGUGCGCAACGACUGCGGGGUCUACGAAGGUUCGGAGAUCUCGAUCUACUACGACCCGAUGAUCGGCAAGCUGAUCGUCUGGGGUGCCGAUCGCGACCAGGCCAUCGCGCGGCUCGAGCGGGCGCUGUCGGAGCUGCGAGUCGAGGGUAUCCGCACCACCCGCUCGCUGUUCCUAGAAAUCCUCGCCGACGAAGAUUUCCGUGCCGGCCGGCUCGACAUCGCGCUGCUCGACCGCAAGAUCGCCGAUGGCGUCUGGGCGGCGCUGCCCAACGGCGAGGGCAACGAGCGCGACCUGCCGAUCGUCGCCGCGGCAAUCGCUCAUUAUGAGCGUCAGCAAAGCGUUACCACGCAGCCCACCACCAGCUCGGGCCGUCGCCUCGGCUGGAGCCAAGCGGCGCGCAGCGAAUCGCUUCGGAGGCAAGUGCAAGUCGAGCGCGUCUCCGGUGGUUAUCGGGUGGUGGUCGGCGACAACACCUACGACAUCGACGCCACCGUCGCCCGUGGCGAGCUGCGCAGCUUGCUGCACGAGGGCCAGCAUCACGAGGGCGCCGGCAGCCAGGUCGAGCUCAUGGACCCGCUCACCCACCUGGCAUUGGCCAGCCACGCGGCGGCUGGCGGCAGCGGUGGCCAGGUGGUCGAGGCCUACAUGCCCGGCCGGGUGGUCAAAGUGCUGGUCGAGCAAGGCCAGGAGGUCGAGGCCGGUCAGGGCCUGGUAGUGCUCGAAGCCAUGAAAAUGGAAAACGAGAUCCAAGCCGAAAUCGCCGGGGCCGUCACCAAGCUGCUGGUCGAAGAAGGCCAAGCCGUCGAAGGCGGCGACCCGAUGCUCGAGAUCGGUUGA